CAGCUCAAGCCAGCCAGGGCGUGGCCUGCCCAGACCUCAGGCAUUAUCUCCCAUGCAACACGUCUGGGUCCCACCCGAGAUAGUGCCCACUCGCCGUGACAUCAUCAGCCUGUUUGCCUUCCGACAGGUAGCAGCACAGCGAAUUGCUUUGCUUGGUUCAAGUAUGUCAGCAACUAGUCAGUCCAGAUAGACAACUUUUAAGGGAGCACAGCAUCAAGCCUGCCUUUUUUUUUUUUUAACCACACAUGGCCUUCAGCUUUGUGAGCACGGACGCUCCUGGUGGCGUUCUGGUACAUUAGGAUGGGUUGACGAUGGCGUGGCACAAGCUGCUGGACGGUGCAUCCGAUCGCAUGGGCGCCAAGUUGAACACGGAGGUCCUCAAGAACAUAGUGCCAGGAGGUGGCCUGUUUUCCAGUGGUCAAGGCAUUCCUCUGGAGCAUGCGGUCACCUCACUACAGGAAGCAGGCCCGCAGGUCAUCCGCAUGAGGAGGAUGGGCCUGCUGAUCAUGGGUGACACUAUUGUGGAGGAAGACAGCACGGUUGAUGGCGAGCAGGCCGCGGCCUUAGCCGGGCCGGUCCGCAAUAGAAAAACUCACUUCAAAGGAAACAUCCGCCGAUUGCGAAAAACCUCCUUUUUACAGCAUGCUCGUCGUGACCGGGACCGUGAGGCUUCAGCGCCGGUCAGCAGCAACAGCGUGAAUAGACGGCGUGUCCUAGCCUCGGCGACUUCCCCUCCGUGGGAAAAACACAACCUCGCGGCCAUGUCAGUCAUAACCAUCGACCCCGAGCUCAAGCCGGGGGAAUUCGUCAUCAAAAGUCUGUUCGCCGAGUUCGCCGUACUGGCUGAGAAGAAGAUCGAGAUGGUGAUGGCCGAACCACUGGAGAAACCUCUGUCCCGGUCGCUUCAAAGAGGAGAGGAUGCACAAUUUGACCAGUUAAUAAGCUCUAUGAGCUCCAUAGCCGAACACUGUUUGCCCUCCCUGCUGCGUACGCUUUUCGACUGGUACCGGCGGCAGAGUGGUACCGAAGACGAGUCAUACGAGUACAGGCCUCGUUCCAGCACAAAGUCCAAAGGAGAUGAGCAGCACCGGGAUAAGGACUAUCUUCUGGAGAGGAGGGACUUAGCCAUAGAUUUUAUGUUUUGCCUUGUGUCCGUGGAAGUUCUCAAACGGAUUCCUCUUCAUCCAGUGCCAGACGCUUUAGUACAUGAAGUUCUAAACCUGGCAUUUAAGCACUUUAAACACAAAGAGGGAUACUGCGGCCCCAAUACAGGCAACGUGCACAUCAUCGCAGACUUGUAUGCCGAGGUCAUUGGUGUUCUCACACAGUCAAAGUUUUUAGCAGUGACGAAAAAGUUCAACACCGAGCUGGACGAGCUCCGUAAAAAAGAGCAGAGUCCCUACAUCGUGCAGAGCAUCAUCAGCCUCAUCAUGGGCAUGAAGUUCUUCCGGGUCAAAAUGUACCCUGUGGAAGAUUUUGAGGCUUCCUUCCUCUUCAUGCAGGAGUGUGCCCAGUACUUCCUGGAAGUCAAAGACAAGGACAUAAAACAUGCACUUGCUGGCCUUUUUGUGGAGAUCCUCAUCCCUGUCGCGGCUGCAGUGAAAAAUGAAGUCAACGUGCCGUGCCUGAAGAACUUUGUGGAGAAGCUCUACCAGACCACGUUUGACCUUAGCUCCAGAAAGAAGCAUUCUUUGGCCCUGUACCCCUUGGUGACCUGCUUGCUAUGUGUCAGCCAGAAACAGUUCUUCCUCAACAACUGGCACAUCUUCCUGCAAAACUGCCUCUCGCACCUAAAGAACAAAGACCCCAAAAUGUCUCGUGUGGCUCUAGAGUCGCUUUACAGGCUGCUGUGGGUUUAUAUCAUCAGGAUCAAGUGCGAGAGCAACACUGUUACGCAGAGUCGACUGCUCAGCAUCGUUUCAGCACUUUUCCCCAAAGGCUCCCGCAGCGUGGUGCCCCGGGACACACCCCUCAACAUCUUUGUCAGAAUCAUCCAGUUCAUUGCUCAGGAAAGACUGGACUUCGCCAUGAAAGAGAUCAUUUAUGACCUCCUGUGCGUGGGGAAGUUUCACAAAACCUUCACGAUAAAUCCAGAGAGGAUGAAUAUCGGCUUGCGAGCCUUUCUGGUAAUUGCCAACAGCCUUCAGCAGAAGGACAGCGAGCCCCCAAUGCCCACCACCAGCAUCAUCAUGCCAUCUGGGAACACGUUGCGCGUUAAAAAGAUCUUCCUCAACACAACUCUUACUGACGAAGAGGCCAAAGUCAUAGGCAUGUCCCUAUACUACCCGCAAGUAAGAAAGGCCUUGGAUAACAUCCUGAGACACCUGGACAAAGAGGUGGGACGAUCCAUGAGCAUGACGAGCGUCCAAAUGUCUAAUAAGGAGCCAGAAGACAUGAUCACGGGAGAAAGAAAGCCAAAGAUUGACCUGUUCCGCACGUGCGUUGCUGCCAUUCCCAGACUGAUACCAGACGGCAUGAGCAGACAAGAUCUUAUAGAGCUGCUUGCCAAGUUGACCAUCCACAUGGACGAGGAGCUCCGCGGCUUGGCCUUCACUUCCCUCCAGGCACUCAUGGUGGAUUUUCCAGAGUGGCGUGAGGAUGUUCUGUCAGGCUUCGUGUACUUCAUCAUGCGCGAGGUGACCGACGUGCAUCCCACUCUGUUGGACAACUCUGUCAAAAUGCUCCUUCAGCUCAUCAGCCAGUGGAGGCAGGUGGCACAGAGCAACAACAGGAGCCAUGAUGUGCAGGUCGGUCAACAAUUAAAAGUAAAUUUUCAUAAAUAUGUUGCUGUUAACGCAAACUUGUGUCCACAGAGUUCAAGCAGCAGCCAUUCUCUCUCAAUGGAACGUUCGUUGCUGGGUGUGUUGCAUGUGGUGGAAGGUUUAGCCAUUGUGGUUCUAUGCAGUUGUCGCCCUGCCACGCGCAGGCUGGCUGUCAACGUCCUGAAGGAGGUCCGCGCACUGCACACUGCUCUAGGUGUCGGCAAGGGUGAUGAGGAACUCGCAAUCGAUGUCAUGGACAGAUUGAGUGCAUCAGUGUUGGAAAGCUUCAUUCAUCUCACUGGUGCUGAUCAGACCAAUCUGCUGUACUGCCCUAGUGGCAUUGACCUCCAGUCGCUGGCAGAGUGGAGCUCUUCGCCCAUAAGCCACCAAUUCGACGUGGUGAGCCCAUCGCACAUCUGGGUGUUUGCGCACGUCACGCAGGGUCAGGACCCCUGGGUCAUCAGCUUGUCCAGCUACCUGCGCCAGGAGAACCUCCCUAAGCAUUGCCCCACCGCUCUCAACUACGCCUGGAUGUUCGCCUACACUCGCCUGCAACUGCUGUCUCCUCAAGUCGACAUCAACAGCCCUAUUAAUGCCAAGAAAGUAAACAGCCUGAGCAGCAGUGACUCCUACGUUAGCCUCUGGCGGAAUUACCUGAUCCUAUGCUGCAGCUCGGCCUCUUCGUCCUCCUCGCCUGCAUGCUCCUCCUCUUCCGCCUCAGGCUCCGUCCGCUGCUCCCCAUCCGAGACGCUGGCGUCCACGCCGGACAGCGGCUACAGCUACGAUUCCAAGAUUGUGGGCACACCCUCCCCUUCCUCAUUGUUCAAACACAUAGUUCCCAUGAUGCGUUCCGAGAACAUGGACAUCACAGAGUCUCUUGUUUUGGGGCUUGGCAGGACCAACCCUGUAGCCUUCAGAGAGUUGAUAGAGGAGCUAAAUCCCAUCAUAAAAGAAGCUCUGGAAAGAAGACCUGAAAACAUGAAACGACGCAGGCGGCGUGACAUCCUCAGGGUCCAGCUUGUCCGGAUUUUUGAGCUCCUGGCUGAUGCUGGUGUCGUCAGUCAGACAGCUAGUGGGGGUUUAGAUGGUGAGAGUCACUCUCUGAACGGCACGCUGCUAGAGUACGUGGACCUAACCCGGCAGCUGCUGGAGGCGGAAAACGACAAGGACUCGGACACGCUAAAGGAUAUCCGUUGUCACUUCAGCGCUUUGGUGGCAAACAUCAUCCAGAAUGUUCCAGUUCACCAGCGACGAAGCAUCUUCCCGCAGCAGUCACUACGACACAGCCUCUUCAUGCUAUUCAGCCACUGGGCCGGUCCGUUUAGCAUCAUGUUCACGCCGCUGGACCGCUACAGCGAUCGGAACAUGCAGAUCAAUCGACAUCAGUACUGCGCGUUAAAGGCUAUGUCUGCUGUGUUGUGUUGCGGCCCUGUUGCCGACAACGUUGGCCUGUCUUCUGAUGGAUACCUCUACAAAUGGCUGGACAACAUAUUGGAUUCCCAGGAUAAAAAAGUUCAUCAAUUGGGCUGUGAGGCAGUGAUGCUGCUGCUCGAGUUGAACCCAGACCAGAGCAACUUGAUGUUCUGGGCCGUGGACCGCUGUUACACAGGUUCACGUCGCGUGGCUUCCGGAUGCUUCAGGGCUAUCGCCAACGUCUUUCAUAACAGGGAUUAUCAAUUUGACACUGUGGUGCUGCUAAACCUGAUUCUGUUCAAGGCAGCCGACUCCUCCCGAGAUAUUUACGAAGUGGCCAUGCAACUGUUACAGAUUCUUGAACCCAAGUUCUUCCGAUAUGCCCACAAGUUGGAAAUCCUGCGAACGGACGGCAUCCUGGCGCCACCAUCGCCGCUGCCGCACCUCUACUCUGUGUCAUACUACCAGCUGUCCGAGGAACUGGCUAGGACAUACCCGGAACUCACGCUGCCCAUCUUCUCAGAGGUGAGCCAGCGUAUCCAAACGGCGCAUCCCGGCGGUCGUCAGGUGAUGUUGCACUACCUCCUACCCUGGAUGAACAACGUGGAGCUGGUGGAUUUCAAGCCCGCCACACGUCGUCCGGACGAUCCUGGUAGUGGCGAGGAGGAUGAAGACUCGCAGGACGGGGAAAUGAUGAUGGUCAACAGCCGACGCUGGCUGCGUGGGGAAGGAUGGGGCUCGCCCCGGGCUACCACCAUGGUGCUCAACAACCUCAUGUUUAUGACGGCGAAGUACGGGGACGAGUUUGCCUGGUCAGAGAUAGAGAACGUGUGGACGACCUUAGCAGACAGCUGGCCAAAGAACCUCAAAAUAAUACUGCACUUCCUCAUAAGCAUGUCUGGAGUCAGCAGUGAGCCCAGCCUGCUGCCCUAUGUGAAGCGAGUAGUUGUGUACCUGGGCCGAGACAAGACAAUGCAGCUUCUGGAGGAGCUGAUGAGUGAGCUGGAGUUGACCGACCCAGUCAGCUCGGCCGUCGCCCACAUGGACAACCCACCUUACUAUCGUAUCAGCUCCAGCUACAAGAUCCCCUCGGUCGCAGGCACAACGUCCAGCAGCAACACAAUAAUGCCAGGGCACGACAGUCAACAUGACGGAAAGGUCAAAGAUUCAAACUUGGAGGAAAGUUACACGCACCUUGACAUCUACGGUGGUCUGAACACCAACUUGAACCGCCAGCACCACCGCCUGGAGUCUCGUUACAGCAGCAGCUCUGGUGGCUCCUACGAAGAAGAAAAAUGUGACUCCAUGCCGCUUUAUGCCAACUGGCGCUUAAAAGUGAUGGAUCACAGCCGUCCGGAGCCGCUCCCUCUGCCCCCGACGGGUGGUUGCUGGUCCCCGUUAGUGGAUUACCUGCCGGAGAACAAUGCCCCCGCUGUAGCAAUGCACAGAUGUAACAUUGCCGUCAUCCUCCUAACCGACCUCAUUGUGGACCAUGGCGUCAAAGUAGAAUGGAGUGCCUAUUUACAUCUCUUACUGCAUGCCAUUUUUAUUGGGUUCGACCACCAGCACCCGGAGGUUUACGAGCACUGCAAGCGCCUCCUGCUGCACCUCCUCAUUGUACAGGGUGCCAACAGCAGCGUUCAGGGUGUGGCUAUGGUGCUUCUCCGUAACAGGGAGUUUAACGAACCUAGAGUGCUCACAGUUAAGCCACCGGCACCAGAGUUCCACUUCACAGGCGUGCAAGAGUUGCUGCCUGAUUGUCAGCCAUCGCCAGUGACCGACUCAGGCCUGAGCUCUAGUUCCACAUCAUCCAGCAUCAGCCUUGGUGCUGGUGGGUCCUCACUGUCCCACCUGUCCCAUACAUCCCCCUCAUUCCUCAGUGAAGUGGACACCAGUGCCGAAAAGGAUGAGAAAGUCAAAGCGCUCAUAGACUUCAUUACCUCCAGGAAACGUGGACCACUCUGGAACCACGAAGACGUGUCGCCCAAGAACCCCAACAUCAAGAGCGCUGAGCAGCUGAGCCCAUUUGUCAGACAUGUCAUGACAGUAUUUAAACUUUCCCAGCCAGGUUUUCAACUGGACUCUCUGCUUAGCGACGUGGCCCUGCAGACAGCGCUCUCCUGUUCCUCUCGCCACUACGCUGGCCGCUCCUUCCAAAUAUUCCGGGCGCUCAAGCAGCCACUCACUCCCGCCACCUUGUCUGAUAUCCUCUCCAGACUGGUGGAGACUGUAGGCGACCCUGGAGAGGAGGCUCAGGGUUUUGUUAUCGAACUUCUUCUCACACUGGAGUCUGGCAUUGACACACUGGCAGAAACGGUUAAAAACUACGACCUCCUCACCGCCUUAGUGCAAACCUCCACUUGCGAUCACCUGCUGGGGCCCAAGUUUGCAGCCAACAGGAAGAGCACUGGCCAGUUGAACCUAAGCAGUGGCGGGCUGUUCCACUACGCACACAACCGCAGCAACUCCCUGCGAGCCAGCCUGAUGGGCGAGCGCAAGGCAGACCGGCGACGUAGCAACACUCUAGAUGUGGCCGACCGCUUGGGCGGCAGCCACGGCAACCUGGCGCGCACCCGCAGCUUAUCAGCGCUGGGCGGAGGAGGUGGUGGGAGUGGCGGUAGUGGACCGGGUAGAGACAGCGACCCCCCUGUUGACCCCGCCAACCUCAUGGCCACUGUUUUCUGGAUCGCUGCCUCAUUGCUGGAGUCUGACUAUGAAUUUGAGUACCUGCUGGCACUGCGGCUGCUCAACAAGCUGCUGGGCCACCUUCCUCUGGAGCGUGAGGACAACAGGGAGCAUCUGGAGAGGAUACAGGCCAAGCUCAAGUGGUACAGCUUCCCGGGGCUGCUGCAACUCUUCCUCAAGGGCUUCACCUCCACCGCCACACAGGAGCUCACUGUCCAGCUGCUCAGCAAGCUCAUCAGCGUCUCCAGGCAUGCGCUUGUCGACCCUUCACAACUGGCAGGCUUCCCGCUGAACAUCUUGUGCCUGCUGCCUCACCUCAUCCAGCACUUUGACAGCCCCACGGGCUUCUGCAAAGAGACAGCGGACAAAAUCGCCAAGCUGUGCGCCGCUGACAAGUCGGCCACGCUCUCCAACCUGGCACAUAUGAUGAGCCUUUACAGCACACACAGCUAUUCACGUGACUGUGCCAAUUGGAUCAAUGUGGUCUGCCGCUACGUGCACGACGCCUUCGCAGACAUCACCCUCAACCUGGUCACAUACUUGGCCGAGCUACUGGAGAAAGGUCUUCCCGGCAUGCAGCAGUCCUUGCUGCAGAUCAUUUAUAGCCUGUUGAGUCAUAUUGACCUGUCAGCUGCUCCAGUCAAGCAGUUCAACCUGGAGAUAAUGAAGAUCAUAGGCAAAUAUGUUCAGAGCCCUCACUGGAAGGAGGCACAAUACAUUCUGAAGCUUGUGGUGUCACGCUCGGCCAGCCUGGUGGUGCCCGAUGAUGUGCAGCGCUCGUAUAGCAGCGAGUCUUGUGGUUCGCCAGAGAUCGCUUUUACGCGCAUAUUCAACAAUUCCUCUAAGGAGCUUCCUGGGAAGACACUGGACUUCCACUUUGACAUCUCGGAGACGCCCAUCAUUGGACACAAAUAUGGUGAUCAACGCACAAUGGCCGGUCGGAACGGGAAACAGCAGAUAAACGCCGUCACUAGGAGUACAUCCUCCACGUCUUCCGGAUCCAAUUCCAACGGCCUAGUACCGGUGAGCUGGAAGAGGCCGCAACUUUCUCAGAGAAGAACUAGAGAGAGACUCAUGAAUGUUCUGUGUCUAUGCGGUCCAGAGGCUGGCAUUCCCAAAAAUCCAUCUGUGGUGUUCUCGUCCAGCGAGGAUCUGGACUCUGCCGACCAGCAGACCAGCCUGAUACCGACGGUGGAGGAGGUGGUGAGAGAGGAGGAGGUGCCAGCAGAGGAGAUGGGCAGCGAGCAGCAGUUUGGAGUCUUUAAGGACUUUGACUUCUUAGAUAUUGAGCUGGAGGAUGCAGAGGGGGAGAGCAUGGAUAACUUCAACUGGGGCGUCCGGCGGCGCUCCCUAGAGAGCAUGGAUAAGGGGGACACGCCGUCUCUUCAGGAGUGCCAGUACACCGGCAGCACGCCCAGUCUCAAUCUCACCAACCACGAGGACACGGACGAGUCGUCCGAGGAGGAGGUACUGAGCGCUAGCCAGAUUCUCAGCCGCUCCGGCCGCCUAAACAGCGACUCUGCCACGGACGACACGGCGUCCAACCACGUGGACUCGCUGCAGCAGUCACAGGAAUCAUCAGGCAGUGCGGCGGCUGAGGAGGCCUCAGCCUUGGCGCCCCUCCGCCGCCUACCCUCCUUCCCCCGGCCGGAUAGCCCCACGUUGGAGACGGCCCGCUCAGACAGCACCGGCAGCCAGCUGCCUGAGGACUGCGUCGGUGCGACUACCGUAGCCGACGAACUGAGCAGCAGCGUCAGUGAGGACACAGGUUUUGGCAGCGCCCCCCCUCAUCCCCCUGAGGAGAACCCCGAGCCUCGGGAGGACCCUCCGCCGCCGGCCAUAGACUCCCCGCCGGGGUCCCUCUGUGAAGAGGAACCACAAACAGCCCUGCCUCUGCACCCUCAAGCGGAGACUAAACUGGAUGCAGAACCAGACCUGUAUCCUGACCCGGAUCCAGACAGCACUUGCGGUUCCGUGUGGGAGGAGGAUGUAACUCAAGCCUUAAAAGAAUUGGAUGAGCGCUGUGAGGAGGAGGAGGCUGACUACUCUGGUGUUUCAAGCCAAGAUGAAGGCGACGCCGACUGCUUUCCCGAGACCCAGACGUCGCCGCCCCCGUCGCCUUUCCUCUCGGCCAUCCUGGCGGCAUUUCAGCCCGUGGCCUAUGACGACGAGGAGGAUGCCUGGCGCUGCCAUGUCAACCAGAUGUUGUCUGACGCCGACGGAUCCUGCGCCGUGUACACCUUUCACGUCUUCUCGCAGCUGUUUCAGAACAUUCAGAGAAAAUUUGGUGCCAUCACGCACGCGUCCGUCCACUUUCUUGGAGAGAAACUUCAGCGCAUGGGCAAUCAGUUCCUCAGCUCUCUGGAGGUCAUGACUUCACACUCGCGGUGCCCCACCGUGUUAUUGGACGCUGAGACGCUGGUCUCGUGUGGACUGCUGGAGACGCUUAAGUUUAGCGUGCUGGAGUUGCAGGAGCACCUAGACACGUACAACACUAAACGAGAAGCGGCAGAGCUUUGGCUGGAAAACUGCAGGAAAACCUUUGGGGACAAAGAGAGCUGCAAGCGGCUCAACACUCACGCGCAGCACAUGGAGAGUCUGGCAGAGCUGGAAUUGUGUCGCCGCCUGUACAAGCUGCACUUUCAGCUGCUGCUGCUCUUCCAGGCCUACUGCAAACUCAUCAGCAGAGUGGACACCAUAAAAAGGGAGGCUGAGGUGACCAACAUGUCAGAUGAGCUCGGCGCCUUGGAGAGCUGCUUGAAGGCGGCCGAGAGGGGAAACGACGGGCGGGAGGACGCGCGCGUGCCGGACACUGCCCACACCGACGCCGAGACGGCCAUUCAAUCGCUGGUGGAGACGCUGAGAGCGCGAGACUUCUGUUCGGCACUCGCUCAAGUCAAAGUCUUCAGGUCACUGUGGCCCAACGACAUUUUCGGCAGCGACGGUGAUGACGCCGUUCAGACGCUGCUGCACAUCUACUUCCGCCACCAAACCCUGGGCCAGACAGGCUGCCUAGCUGUGGUGGGCCCCAGUCGCGACCUCUCCCAGGCCAGUGGACGCCUCAUGGAGCUCAACCUUCAGAUCCGAGAGGCGCUGAGUCGGGCACAGGCUCCCGGCGAUGGAGGACCGUGAGCGGCGACGGGCGCGGCGUACAAAAGGGCUACAAAAGGAUGUGUGGGAAGAAGACUUCUAGUAUCACGCUGGACGGACGCUCGGAGUUAGAUUUUCUUCGUGAAAAGGUUGGAGCGUCGAGGUUUUGGGGUGACAUUUUAUCCCCUAACGUUACCUCAAAUCCCCAAAUUCCACCUUUUUUCUUCCCAUGCUCUAUAAAUAUUAAAAAAAACUCAUGCAAGAUUCCGUUUGCAAUAAGUCAUACACAUUGGCGUGCCUGGCAAAGCAGUGGGAUGAAAGAUUUUGGUUUUAUUUGUGCUUUUUUGCAUUUUUUUUCUUUCCCUGCACGCCAAUUGACAAACGCAUGCUUGAAAGAGAUGAAAAGCAGAGUAUUUUUGGGGGAGAAAUGUAUUUUUUAUGAUUCAGAGCUUAACCUCCUCGGUUGUAAAUGUUGGGGUAUUUAACGCGUGAGCGCCUGUGGGGAAAUCCUCAGGGAAGUCAGUGUAAAAAGAGAAACCUAUAUAGAGAUCAGAAUAUAUAUAUCCGCCCCCUUUCAAGGCGUCCUUACUGGCUAUUAAUCGCCCGUUUAACCAAAUACGCAGCUGCCUUUAGAGGCUGUGUGACGCAUAGAUAUCCACACGCACACAGCUCAUAACUUAUUUUACUCUGUAUAUAUUUUAAAAAGUAUUUUGGCCCUCCAUCCUUGUACUUUAUGCACUGCAGAGGACGCCACGCUCAUGUGAUGAGUCAUUCACAACCUUUUGUUUUAUAUUCCCGGUGGGACGAGCUGCCUUUUUUUGUGUGCGUGAUGUCAUGACCGAGAAGAGGGAGAGGAGGCGAGGGCUUUACUGUAGCAUCCAUAUCCCACCGCACGCAUUCCUUCUCGGAAUCCAAAGAUGAGCGAGCAGAACUCUUCCCUGACAGUCACUGCUUGUCUGGUACAUUCUGAAUGCUGUUCAUUAUUUAAAGAUUCUUUCUUGACCUGGGAGAGCUUUUAUUUUAGAGGUGCAUUUCUUUUGUUCACUCACAUACCAGCCUUCUCUCUGGAUGAAUAAAAUUAAAAUCAUAUGAUCGAGACUUA